UCUCUCUCUCACCCCACCCCCCAACUUAACAACACUACAACAUGUCUGGUCGUGGAAAGGGCGGCAAGGGUCUCGGCAAGGGCGGCGCCAAGCGUCACCGCAAGGUUCUUCGUGACAACAUCCAGGGUAUCACCAAGCCCGCUAUCCGCCGUCUCGCCCGCCGUGGUGGUGUCAAGCGUAUCUCGGGCCUCAUCUACGAGGAGACCCGUGGCGUCCUCAAGAUCUUCCUCGAGAACGUCAUCCGCGACUCGGUCACCUACACCGAGCACGCCAAGCGCAAGACUGUCACCUCGCUCGACGUCGUCUACGCCCUCAAGCGCCAGGGCCGCACCCUCUACGGUUUCGGCGCCUAAGCGACUUCGUCGUCGUAUCGUUGCGUGUCACUUCGUCUCCACAUCGGCCAGAGCGCGGCUUCGGCCCUCUUCGUUUUUGUUAGCAUUCUCUUUGGAGCGACGGCGCAGUUGUAGGCCGAUGCGACGCCCGUGCUGUUUGA